AUGGGGCAUGCCUUGAUGGUCCUCCUGUUGUCUUCAGCCGUCUCACUCCUUGGUGGGUUGAUGUUCGGAUAUGAGUUCGGAAUCAUCUCCGGGGCAUUGUUGCAGCUGCAGCUGGACUUUCAUCUUGGCUGUUUUGAACAGGAAGUCCUAGUGAGUUCCUUGCUCCUUGGAGCUCUCCUGGCUUCUUUAGUGGGCGGGUUCUUCAUUGACCGACAGGGAAGACGGAAAGCAAUACUCGUCAGCAAUGCAGUUUUGCUGUGUGGCAGCCUCCUCCUAACACUAGCUGGGUCAUUUGUUUGCCUGGUCUUUGGGCGCAUGACUGUAGGUUUUGCAAUCUCUUUGUCAUCCAUGGCAUGCUGCAUCUAUGUCUCUGAAAUGGUGGCUGCACAUCAGCGAGGGGUACUAGUUUCCCUCUAUGAAGUGGGCAUCACAGUGGGCAUCUUACUUUCAUAUGCUCUGAAUUACAUCUUCUCAGAUACGACAGAAGGAUGGCGAUACAUGUUUGGCUUGGCUACAGGUCCAGCGGCUGUUCAGUUUCUCUGCACCCUGUUCCUCCCAAAGAACUCAGUUAAGUUUAGUGUAUGCGGCAACGAGAGUCGCAAAAGUCUCAUUCAGCUACAGAAGAAUGAAGAUGGUGAAGAUGUAAUACCAAAGUGCCCUAAGGAGAAGCAUUAUUCUCUUAUGGACCUUCUGAGGUCGAGGGAUAAUAUGAGAAGGAGAACUCUGGUGGGCCUUGGACUGGUGCUCUUUCAGCAGUUCACAGGGCAGCCCAACAUUCUCGGUUACGCAUCCAAAAUCUUCCGCUCCGUAGGGUUUCAGAGUGACUCCUCUGCAGUCCUGGCUUCUGUUGGCCUUGGAGUGGUGAAAGUUGUGGCUACUCUUGUUGCAAUGGCUUUUGCAGAUAAGGCCGGCCGGAGGGUGCUGUUGAUGGCUGGUUGUACGGUGAUGGCCUGUUCAGUGAUGGCAAUUGGCUUGACCAGCUUCUCCAUUCCAUUAGAUAUGGCCAAAGACUGUGAAACGAUUGUAGGGUCAAACAACACUUUGUUUGGCUCAAAUAAUUUCCCUAUGAAGUCAGUGUCUUCUCAACCAAAUGUGUCGUACUUCCCACGGGCGUCAGAUGGUGUUGACAUUCAGGAGGAUCCAUCUUUUGCUAUCUCAAGGCCAGGAGGAGUUACCAAAACAGUUGCUGGCAAUAAAAACAGAAACAGUAUGGCAAAUGUUUCUUUGCAUGGUGAAAAAGCAGGCUUGUUGGAUCCGCCUGUUGAAGAAGGGACACAAAAUUCCAGUUCAUCUCUCCCUGAGGCCCUUUCCAAGGAUCUUAAGAUUCUCAACUGGAUUACUCUGCUAAGCUUAAUGGCUUUUGUGACUGCAUUCUCCAUUGGAUUUGGGCCAAUGACAUGGCUUGUUCUCAGUGAGAUCUAUCCUGCCAGCAUACGAGGAAGAGCCUUCGCCUUCUGCAACAGUUUCAACUGGGCUGCUAAUCUGCUGAUCAGUCUCACGUUCCUUGACCUCAUAGAUACCAUUGGCUUAUCAUGGACAUUCCUUCUCUAUGGACUAGUGGGAGUGAUGGCUGUUAUAUUUAUUUACCUUUUUGUACCAGAAACCAAAGGACAGUCUCUAGAAGAAAUAGACCAGCAAUUCUCAAAGAAGCGAUUGUUGCAGGGAAAUAUAUUCUGUCCGAAAAUAUGGAACAGAAGAGAGAUCCACGCACGUGCUCAUUACCAAAGAGUAGACCAUUCCAGUGACUCCUGAGAGAAGAUCGGUGAACAUUGCCACAUACAGUCACGCAACAUUACUGAUAACAGGGUAUUUACUACUGCAGUGUUUGAAGUAAGGUGAAGAAGUGCACAAAGGAGGAAUUGCCACUGUUCCGCUCAAGCCCUUUUUGUUGGGGUGACAGCCCAGUUUACCUCCUUUAAAUAUGUUACUCUGUUGUGCGUAGAAUCUAGGUCCCAUUCUCUUGCAUGCCUUGAGAGGCUUCUGUUAAGAGGACCCAUAGCCGUUGCUCUACAAAG